AUGACAGAGGAUGAAGAUCGAGAAACCUUGGCGGCGAAAAGAAUGGCGACACUGCCUAAACUUAUUUACACAACUGAGGGCAUGGACAUACCGGCAAGUCUCAUUUUCGUGCCAGGCCGCAGGUUGAACAACUGGAAAAUCACCGAUUCAAAGGCCUUUGGAUGGGCUCCCACCACCUGGAUGACUCAGCAGGUUUACAAUUACCGCUUUCCUUCGCCAAUACCGCAAUGCCGGCGUUCCGAGGCUCUCCGCAAGUGGUAUAAAGUUAAGAUUGAUGCGCCGAAGGAAGAUUGGAAAACGUUCGAGGCCGAUACGAUCCGGACAGCGGAUGAACCAUCGAUUAUCAUGAGCGAGCACAAUUCCAAGGGGCGCUGGACCAUUGGAACGCUUGCCAAAAAAAUUGGCCCCUUAGGUGACGAUACCCGUUGGGUAACCAUCCUAGGGAGAGCUUGGAUUCGACUGGAGACUAACUUAACCAUCAUCAAGGAGAGGCGGGAUGAGUUGAGGCAGCAGACGGAGCGCAUGGCGAUUGGGGAAAGAUUAGGACCGGACCAGAAAUGGUGUAUCGAUGGACAGAGUGGUUCCAAAAAACGAUCAUUCGACGACUUUAGUAAUUCUUAG